AUGCUCUUUUUCUUCUUUUUCUUUCUCUUCUUUUUCUUUCUCUUCUUUUUCUUCUUUUUCUUUCUUUUCUUUUUCUUUUCUUUUUUUCUUUUUCUUGUUUUUCUUUUUCUUGUUUUUCUUUUUCUUGUUUUUCUUUUUCUUGUUUUUCUUUUUCUUUUUCUUCUUUUUCUUUUUCUUCUUUUUUCUUUUUCUUCUUCUUCUUCUUUUUUCUUCUUCUUUGUUUCAACAUGUUUAAAAACAAUCAUACAUGAAAUAACAAGUGUAUUUCUUUUUUCCUCUCUCUCUCUCUCUUUUCUCUCUUUUUUCUCUUUUUUCUCUCUCUCUCUCUCUCUUUUUUCUCUCUCUCUCUUUUUUCUCUCUCUCUCUCUUUUUUCUCUUUCUCCUCUCUCUCUUUCUCCUCUCUCUCUCGAUCAUGACUCUCCAUAUCUUACUCUCCCCUUUUUUUUUUUUUUCGUCUUUUCAUUAUCUCUCCCCAUCUUUGUUCUGCAACCCAUUCACAUAAACUGCUUUUCUCCCCACUCACAUUACCAUUGUUUUCUCUCUAUUCUGACUUUACCAUUGUUUUCUCCCCCCCCCCUCUUUGUCUCUCGAGCUAUUCUGUGCUCUCUUUGUCUCUGGGGCUUUUCUGUGCUCUCUUUGUCUCUGGAGCUUUUCUUUCCCCCCUCUCUCUGGAGCUUUUCUUUCCCCCCUCUCUCUCUGGAGCUUUUCUUUCCCCCCUCUCUCUCUAGCUUUUCUUUCCCCCCUCUCUCUCUAGCUUUUCUUCCCCCUCUCUCUAGCUUUUCUUCCCCCCUCUCUCUCUAG